AUGGUUUUAUUGAAUGAGAUUAAUGAGUUGAAAGAAGAACAAUUACAAGUCUCAUUUGUAGAGGAACAACCUCCUAUACCAGUCCCUGCUUCAUUAAAAGUAGUGGGAAGAAGAAUUGGUUCAAAUCUUGAUGUUACUUGCAGUUAUCUAGCAGAUGAAACAGUCGGAAUGGUGGGGAUAUGGGGCAUGGGGGGUGUCGAUGAUAUAUGGGCUGUAGUAGAUCUUGUGGAACUUGGGAUUCCUCAUCCUCGUAGUAAUGACAAGUCCACCAAACAAUACAAGGGGAAAGUGAUUUUCACUACUCGAUCUGAAGAAUUGUGCACUAAGAUGAGGGCCGAUGAGAAGAUUAAAGUGGAAUGCUUAGAGCCACAAGAAGCAUGGGAUCUUUUCAAAGAGAAUGUUAACUUAGAUGUUAUUGCAUCGGAUGUGAGGAUGAAGGAAAUAGCAAGAAAAGUGAUGAAUGAAUGCAGUGGUUUGCCGCUCACUCUUAUCUUGGAUCCAGUAAAGCCAUAG